GAUAAGCAUAAAGCCAAAACAAACCUUCUUCCAUCAUUCCUUCUCGAAUCUCCAGUCGUCAGAUUUCUCAACCCAAAACGCGCGAAAUACAAACCCACCGCCCUCCCUCCUCCUCCCUUCUCUCUCUUCACAACUCCAGGGGAUUAGUGUUUUGUUUUUGAUUGUGAUAAUGGCGGAGGUACCGACGAGCCCGCCGGGCGGUAACGACAGCGGCGGCGAGCAAAGCCCGCAGAACGGGAGCAGCAGCAGCGUGAGGGAGCAGGACAGGUACCUCCCAAUCGCGAACAUCAGCCGGAUUAUGAAGAAGGCGCUGCCGCAGAACGGCAAGAUCGCCAAGGACGCCAAGGACACUGUCCAGGAAUGCGUCUCUGAAUUCAUCAGCUUCGUCACCAGCGAGGCUAGCGAUAAGUGUCAGAAGGAGAAGAGGAAGACGAUUAAUGGUGAUGAUUUGCUGUGGGCGAUGGCUACGUUAGGGUUUGAGGACUAUAUUGAGCCGCUCAGGAUUUACUUGGCUAGGUACAGGGAGUUGGAGGGUGAUGCAAAGGGUUCUGCGAGGGGUGGAGAAGGAUCUGCUAAAGGGAAUCCUGUUGGAGCUAUGCCUGGGCAAAAUUCACAGUUUGUUCAUCAGCCACCUUUGAACUAUGUCAAUAGUCAAGAGGACUAUUAUGUGCCUUUGAACAAUAUGGGGAAUGGAAAUUGAUGCUUUUCUUUUUGAUAUGAGGAAGAAGAGAAGACAUGGAUUUUAGUCACUGGUCACUUGAUCCUAAUGAUGUGUCCUCAAUAUCUUGCGAUGCAGGCACAGCAUUUGGGCUCAUUCUAUGCAAAGCUAUGAGUAGAAGUCUUACUUUUAUCCUAUAUCAUUUUUAAGAACAACAAAGCGGUAAAUUGUUAAGUUGCAUUACUGAUAGUACCAUUGAUGUGAAUUUGAGUUAAUUUAAAGACACUAUAUGUUUCUGGGGUCUCUGCUAUGAUUGGGAUAGGAAAGAUUUGGGUUGUAGAUUUGGCUUUUGGCUAUAUUUCUAGUUUAGUUGUCUGAUCCUGUGUGAUGAAGUACUGUUUAAUUAAUUGUCCAUGAAGAACCAUGUGAAGCAAAAAAGAUGGAAUAUAAUGCAUAUUUGUCAUGUAACACA